AUGGAGAUCCUGGCGAUCAUCUCCAUCCUCUUCAUUGUGUUAUCCACAAUCGCUCUGUCUCUGAACACCCUUCCAGAGCUGCAAGACAUGGAUGAAUUUGGCCAGUCAACAGACAACCCACAGUUGGCACACGUGGAAGCUGUGUGCAUUGCCUGGUUUACCAUGGAAUACCUCCUCCGCUUCCUCUCAUCCCCCAACAAAUGGAAGUUCUUCAAAGGUCCUCUAAAUGUCAUUGACCUGUUGGCCAUUUUGCCCUACUAUGUCACCAUUUUCCUGACGGAAUCUAACAAGAGCGUGCUCCAGUUUCAGAAUGUCAGACGUGUGGUUCAGAUCUUCAGGAUCAUGCGUAUCCUGCGUAUUCUGAAGCUGGCUCGUCACUCCACAGGGCUCCAGUCUCUGGGCUUCACUCUUAGGAGGAGCUACAAUGAGCUUGGUUUGCUUAUUCUGUUCCUGGCCAUGGGCAUCAUGAUCUUCUCUAGUCUUGUAUUUUUUGCUGAGAAGGAUGAAGAGGAUACAAAGUUCAAAAGCAUUCCUGCCUCUUUCUGGUGGGCAACUAUUACUAUGACAACUGUUGGCUAUGGCGAUAUCUAUCCCAAAACUCUGCUGGGAAAGAUUGUAGGGGGGUUGUGCUGCAUUGCUGGAGUACUUGUGAUUGCACUACCCAUUCCCAUAAUUGUAAAUAACUUCUCUGAAUUCUACAAGGAGCAGAAAAGGCAAGAAAAGGCACUUAAAAGAAGAGAAGCCCUUGAGAGGGCAAAAAGAAAUGGUAGCAUUGUAUCUAUGAACUUGAAAGAGGCUUUUGCCCGUAGUGCAGAGCUGAUGGAUGUUGUGGUAGAGAAGAGUGAAAGGCCUCAUGACAACCACCUUUCUCCAAGUCGUUGGAAAUGGACUCCCAAAAGGGCAACAUCAGAGACAAGCUCAAAUCGUUCCUACGCUCCACAAGAGUCAGGCUCCCCCUGCAAGUCUAGAACCAACAGUCCCCAAAGGUUAAACGUCCAGAAACUGGAGGAGAUGUACAAUCAGAUGGCAAAGACACAGUCACAACCAAACCUCAAUGCUAAAGACAGGAGUUCGAGAGCUGGUAAACACAGAGAUGAGAUUGAACUUGGAGCAAUUCAUAAUCAUGGACCACCAGCCAUAGGAACCAGAGAAGGUGUGGGCGAUAUGAAAAGCUUAUCUAGCAUUGACAGCUACAUCAGUUGUGCAACAGAUUUCCAGGAAAAUCCACGCUUUCCCCACAGUCCAGCCCCAGAUCUGGGUCUUCAGGAAAGUAACCGCUUCGCUUACGGUCCAGUUGCAGCUUUGUCCCAGCACUCCAGUACUAGGGUCGGCCCACAAAUCAGGGGGCAGCCCAUGGUGACUCCUGUGUCAAAGUCCUCAUUCCCAGAAAAUUCAAGGAAGUUCUUUUUUUCUGGAAACAGUUCAAAAAGCCUUAAAGGGGGUGGCCGCGUUGAAGGGGAUUCAGGGCUGUCCCCAUGUUCCGGCAGCUCAGUUGUGUCUGAUCACUCCCUGUUAAGCCCAGAGGUUUCUAUCUACACCACUGCCAGCAGCAAGACCCCUCCAAAGUCUCCAGAAAGCACUGCCAUGGGCCCAACUGUCUUCACUUUUCACGACUCAUCCAUCAGUAAAUAUAUUGAUGCUGAUACAGAUGAUGAUGAACACCUCCGUGACAUAUCUGAGACCAGUCCAUCAGAACGUCUGCUGGCUAGUACGAGCCCAAAACACAGUAUCAGCAUGAAUUACCAGAGGGGGACUAACCAUUUAGAAGCAGCCCAAAAGAUGCUGGGCCAGAAUUGUCUUUUUGCCCUGGAAGGGAUCCGUGGGAUAGCUCACGAGAAUCACAUAGGAUCUGAGAUUGGACGCAGACCAAAGGUUGAAAGGGGGCGUCAAAAUACUUUGGAUAAAGGCCUCUGA